CCUAAGUUGGGUCUUUUCGACUCUCAAGGUCUAUUAUCUCAUGGCUUACUCCUUGUUUGAACAAUGAAAUAGUAUUUAUUUCAUCCACGUGUACGUUAUAAUAUACAAAAUAAAAAUGGGGAAUUUUUGCACAUGUUGUGCUUGGAAGUCUCAUGAUAAACCGAUGGGUGAAGCAAAUGCUAUUAACUAUGGAGCUGCUGUUCCUAAUCAUGUCGGUCAUAUGGGAAAGUCACAAACAAGUUACCAGUCUGAAUAUAUCAAAGACGCUUUGUCUGGUUACCGUCCCUUAUCCAGUGACCCGUCACAUUUGAAUAAUUCUCACCCUUAUCGUAUGGAUAACCGUAUUUCGAGGUUAGGGCACAAUGGAAAUGCUGCAUCAGGUGAUAUGCAUGGGAUCAGAGAUUUUCCUUAUCGAGCUCAAGGAGACUUUGGUAUGAGCACCGAACCUUCUGAUUUUAUGCUUUCUUCAAUAUACACCCAAUCAAGUACCUCAAACUUACAACACAUUUCUGAGAGAGAACCUGAUGAUGCUGAAGCUGACCCAUCUUUAAAUCCAACCAAAAGAACACUGUUCAUGCAACGUUCAAGUAAAGAUAUUGAGAAAAGAGUUCGGGAAAUUCGAACUAAAUACGAUCGGAAUGUCCCACGAAAUCGUCAAAAUACUCUUCCCCUGCUUUAUCGGUCCAGUUCUACAUCAACUAUAUGGUUGCAUGAUUCAACUGUGACUAGACCAGAUCCCAAAUCCACUGUUCGUGCACUAGCUCAAGCAAUUUACUUACAGAUAAAACAUCGUGACCAUAAAAACGCUUGCGAUCCUAUUAUUGAAAUAUUUGAUGAAUCUUUGCAUCCUAUACAGAAUGAACCUGUCCCAUUUGAUUACACUACACGUGAUCCAGAUCUGAAAACAGUAUAUCGUUUUAUUCGGAAUUUGUUUCAAAUGGCCCAGCUUUCUCCAGAAUGUGCAAUAGUUACGAUGGUCUACUUGGAACGUCUUUUGACUAGUGCGGAGACAGAAUUGACACCAAGUUGUUGGAAAAGAAUAGUUCUUUGUGCUAUAGUGUUGGCAAGUAAAGUGUGGGAUGAUCAAGCUGUUUGGAAUGUGGACUACUGUCAAAUCCUGAAAGAUAUGCAAGUAGACGAUGUAAAUGAAUUGGAGAGAAGAUUUUUAGAAAUCAUUCAGUUCAAUAUCAACGUGCCUAGUUCAGUGUAUGCAAAAUACUAUUUUGAUAUUCGAUCUCUUUGUGGAUCCACCUGUCAACCAACACUUUUAUCUACCGAUCGUGCUUAUAAACUUGAGGCAUUUUCAAGAGUUAUGGAUGAUCAAUUUCAUGACGUUGUCCAAAAAUGUCUUACCAGACGGAAAUGGGGAAGUUUCGACAGUUUGACAUCUUCACCGCCGUUUCGACGUGCCGUUAUUUCCUGAUAAACCGGGAUCUUGUCAUCCUACAACAAUGACUUAUGUGUAAAAUUCAGUUAACUGUUUUUUUAUUUCUGGCGUGCAUCAACAUUUCCGUCCUUUCUUCGUUUUUGUAACAAAAAAGUCGUUCUUGAUCUGUAUCCUAACUUUUUACUGUCCUUAUUAUCUAACACUUCUAUGUAUAUGAUACAGAGAAGUUCCCAGUGUCAUAUAUUUUUAUUACCUUGAUCUCAAUGUUGUGUAUUUUUUUUUUCAUUUAAGAUACGACAAAAGUGCAUUUGUAUAGUAAUUUGCGUCGAAGUUGACUGCGAAUUACAAAGAAAUUCUGCUUCUAAUCAAAUAUUUGUAUGAAUUGUUUUAGUGUACUUUCUUCCUUAUGCAAUCUCUCCAUCCUAGUAUAUAUCCAUAGGUCUUUAAUAUGUUUUUACUUUGGAAAUACUUUUAUCGUCCAAACGACCCCCUUUCACACGUAUAACUGGUCUUUCAAACGUAAUAUUUUGCGUGUUCUCGCUUGCGCUUAUCCAGUUUUUACUGAAUUACGUUUUGAAUUAUUUCUUUAACUUUGUACAUUUUUCCCUCAUGUUGAAUAAAAAUACAGGCAAACAAUGUAAAUUUUCACAAUAUGUACACCGUAAUUUUCCAUGUUUAUUUUCUUGUCUCGAUAGAGUACAAGGUGUACUUGAUUUUAAAACAACUAAUAAACAUACUUUGGCAUUACAAACAGCAAGUGCGAGUAAAAUGUUUAGGAACAUGUUUUUGUUCUCUCACAUAAGUUAUUUACAUGUAAUUUCUUAAAUUGGUGCAAUUUUGUUUCUUUUUCACUACAGCUUAGUAAUGAGUCUCUAUGUUUGACCAUUAUGUAACACAUGUGCUUUCCUCCCCAUCACAGCCUCACUCUUACCAUUCGUUUAUCUGCCUAUUAUGCAAUAAUGUAAUGACAUAGGUUACUUAUGUCAGGAUUUAUACCUCUCCAUGUGCUCUCUUAAUUGUUUUUUUGUUGACAAAAUCUUAGUAGUGGUGUUACUGGAAACAACCACGCGCAAACUAACUGUCUUAUUGUCACAUUAUAUGAACAAGUAGAUUUAUAGCUUUACGUGAAUAACAUUCGUUGCUCUCUGCUGUAUUGUUUCAUCAUCAGAAACCUUGGUAGUCAGAAAGGUUCACUAACAUUUUUUGUUUACGGGAGAUUAUCUUUUCAAUGUUAUAACAAAUUCCUUUAUAUAUGCAUAAUGUUGUUUGUAGAUGUUGAGUGUAUUUAUACUUCACUACUUUUUACGGUCGAAUUUUACACUAAGCUAGUUUAUCGUUGAUUAUUC